AAGAAGCUUUGGAAGUAUAUAAGACAUGUGUGAGGAACCAAGAACAGAAGAAGCAUCAAGGAGCAUCUGAACUCAACACUUCUCACUACUGCUCAAAAAGAGAUUAAGCAACAGAAAUGACCGGAGCUGCUGUGUCCGCGUGCCUAUUUUUUCUCCUUUCUGUAUGUUCAGCGUGUUACAUCUCUAACUGUCCUAUCGGUGGAAAGAGGUCCAUCAUGGAUGCUCCUCUGCGCAAGUGCAUGUCCUGUGGCCCUGGAGACAGGGGCCGCUGCUUUGGCCCCAGCAUCUGCUGCGGGGAGGGCCUCGGCUGCUUGCUGGGCUCCCCGGAAACAGCUCACUGCAUGGAGGAGAACUACCUGCUCACCCCCUGCCAGGCCGGAGGGAGACCUUGUGGAUCUGAGGGAGGACGCUGCGCUGCUUCAGGACUCUGCUGUGAUGCAGAGAGCUGCACCACAGACCAAUCCUGCCUCAUCGAGGAGGAAGGAGACGACCAAACCAGCCAAUUCGAAGGCAGCGACCCCGGUGACAUCAUCCUCAGGCUCCUGCAUCUGGCCGGUCACACUUCUCCUCAUAGAGUUCACCAAUGAGCUGCUCCUGGCGCAGAGGUCUCAUGGGAAACUCUUCAGCCAUAGAGUCAACAUGGGACUUGUAGUUGUAGUUCAUAUAGCUGUAUAUCUAUGUUUGUCAUUUUCCCCUUAUGUAGAGUGCCUUUGUCAAUAUAUUUUUAUGUAUGAAAGUAGGGAUGAAUACUGACAGUGGUCAUCCAGAUAUCUGCAUGUUGAAAUAAAGUUUUGAGAGAG